GUGCAGCCGCGCUGUACGCCGCUACCAGAGAGGGCAGCACUGGCAAGAUUACGCGCAAGGUGGGCUCGACCUUCCUCACCGUCUCCGACCGCGCCGUGGACGUAGGUCUGCUGGCUGCGGAAGCAGGAGCGCAGAGGGUCGGCGUCGCGGUCGAGAGGGGCUGCCAGAAGCUCUCGAAGGACAUGGACCUCGCGGCGAUGCCCGCUCCUGUCCGCCGAGGUGUGCGCGCCGUUCUCGACAGUCAGACGCAGCCGGUGCGGAACCCGAAGGUCAGCUCGAAGGAGGCGACUAACUAUCGGGAAAAGUACCCCGACAAGGUCCCAGUCAUCUGCGAGAGGUCGCCGUACUCGACAGGGAUCCCGGAGCUCACGAAGAAAAAGUUUAUAGUGCCGGGCAGCAUGCUCUGCGGCGAAUUCAAAUACAUGAUUCACAAGAAACUGUCCCAGGCCGACGGGGGUAACGGCCUCAUUGGACGGAGAGGGUCCGAGCAGACCAUUUACAUUUUUCUCAACGGCCUUGCCCCGAAGACGAGUGCGCCGCUGUCCGAGCUCUACGACAAGUUUCGGGCAGACGACGGGUUCUUGUACAUAAAGUACGGGGCCGAGAACACGCUGGGCUGA